AUGGAGCUCCUUGAAACUAUUCAGAGAGAUGUUCUUAAGCAAAUGGAGGUGGAGGCGGUCAACCUGUUUUCCCGAGUUGAAGAUUUCCGUGAUUUCAUCAUAUUUACACGUCCUAUGGCGGACGAUGGUGUUACUCUAAAGCUAUGCUGCAUUUUGACAAAGCGUCUGAAAGGCAUCAAUGGAACUCGCGUUAUUCUAGUUGAUGCAAUGAAGCGUGUUGUCACUGGUGAAACAUCAUAUCCAGAGAAGCAGAAGUUUGUGCAGGUGAUCGUCUGUGAUGACAAAAUGAAAAGCGCUCCUGGUAGGAAUGAAAACAUGGUAUUCCGUGUUGAUAGUCUGUACGUAAUCCAGCAUGUUGAAUUCGUCGGGAUAAAUGAUGGGGUAGCGAAGGGGAGUGUGCAGUUUGAGAUCGGCGACCGCGACAAGAAUCGUGAAAUUGGACCACCAGUCAAGAGACAAAAACUAUCUGCAGAGGGCUCGCCGCAAUCUGCUACCCGCAAGUCGCUAUUAUUUCCGUGUGCCAUCGAGAACGAUGUUGAAAUGGCAACGGCAAACAAGCCAGUGACGAUGCGCAGCAAGCGACACCCAUGA